GUUUUUGUAGGCAAUAUGUCCUUCAAGACCACCGAGGAAACCCUCUCUGAAUUCUUCAAACCCUGUGGCAACGUAUUGGACGCCACUAUUAUUACUCGUGGACCCCGUUCCCUCGGUUACGGUUUCGUCACCUUCUCUUCUCUCGCAGAAAUUGAGAAGGCCACCAAAGACUUGAACAAGAAGGAACUUGAUGGACGCGAGAUUAACGUCGAAGCAGCUCGUCCCAAGGCACCAAAGACUGGACCAACCAAGGCCCGUCGUACCCGUGAAGUAUCCAAGGAGAAGCAUAUCAGCAAGCCCGUUGCUGCUGCCAUUGUUGCUGCUACUGCUGGUGCCACAGCCGCUGGUGCUGCUGCUGUUGCCGCUGGUAUAUCUGCAGACCACUCCAAAUCCGAAACUACCGAUGACGAAACUGUCCGCAAGAGCCGCCCUGGUCGCAGAGCACGCAAGAACAAAAACCGUGAGGGCAGAGAGAUCAAGCCUAGAGAGCCAGCAGAGGACUCCAAGACUAGAAUCUUUGUUGCAAACCUUCCUUUUGCCACCACAGAUGAGGAGCUUGUUGCUAUCUUCAAGGGCUACAACAUUAAGUCUGCUGCCGUUGCCAGACUCAAGAAUGGUCGCUCAAAGGGUUACGGAUUUGUGGAGACCGAAUCCGAAGAAGAACAGCAAAAGACGCUUGCCAAAUUCCAAGAUAUCGUCUUGGAUGGACGCACUGUUUCUCUCAAGGUUGCUCGUGUAGAGCGCCCCAGAAAGGUCAAGGAAGCUACUUCCGAGACUGACGAACAAAAGUCUGCCCCUGCUACUGAGGUCAAGCCCACCGAGACCGCAAAAGCUGUCGAGCCCAAGAAGACGGAAACAAAGCCUACCGAAGUAAAGAAAGAAGAGGCCAAGUCUGUCGAGGUAAAGAAGGAGGUAAAGCCUGUUGAGGUAAAGAAGGAGGAGGGAAAACCUGUCGAGGUCAAGAAGGAAGAGACCAAGCCUGUCGAGGUCAAGAAGGAAGAAUCAAAGCCUGUCGAGGUCAAGAAGGAGGAGGCCAAGCCUGUCGAGGUCAAGAAGGAAGUUAAGCCUGUCGAGGCAAAGAAGGAAGUUAAGCCUGUCGAGGUAAAGAAGGAGGAGGCACCCAAGGCCUCAAAAUAA